AGGUUAUUAAAAUCAAAAUGACGGCGAUUUUCAACAGAGGCCAAAGAACUUACAAUUUCGAGAGGGGAAAAGGGCUGUAAGAUGAGAUAUUUUAUUUCCUAUAUAACAGGGAUUUUAUUGGUGCCGGUAGUGUCUUCAACUGCAAUCGCUUCCAAUUCUAACGACUCCUUGGUGCUUCUUACUAAAACGCUAGAUGCUAUAGAGUUUGCACUCAACUAUUUUCACCAGGAGCACCCUAACCUCAAUCUAGAUGCCGUUAUUGGAACACGAAUGGUGGAGGGACAAUUUAAAGUUCUCCUCAAAAAGUUAAAUUCUCGACCCCAAAAUGAUGCGAAGAGAAUUUGGAACCCAACGAUUGCGAGGAUUGAGAGAUUGCAGAAGGUGGCUGGACUGGUCAGUGAAGAAGCGCUGCCCUACAUAGCGGCAUUUACUCCACAAUAUUAUAACGAGAUAGGGCCAAUUAUACAAGGAGGAUUUUGGGAAAUGGACUACCCGAGCCGGGAUUUUGAUCCCGAAGUAAAAGUUUGGCAAUAUCGAGAAGGAGAAUCCUUAAGGGAACAAAAGUCAGAUGAUUGUCUGGCAGAAUUCUUUGGAACAGGAAAGAAAUCAAAAGAGCACUGCAGAAUAUCAGACGAAUGUUGGAAUUUUAUGACGUCACCAGGAUACAAUUCUUACUCGCUGUCGCACCAAGUCUUUUACCUGGAAAUAGGAAGACAGUUUGGUUGCUACGCACAAAUGUUGUUGAAAAAUUUACUCAAACACCAAAAGCCAAUAAACGAAUUGCAAGAAGAGUUCUGUAAAAACAUGUUGAAUGAAGCAGUUAUCAUUGCGAAAAACGGGUUUCCACAACGAAAACAAGAUCUUUUUAUGGAACAAGCUGCCUUGUGUGGUAUCCUUGGAUACAGAGAAUUCUUCACCUCUGAUUGGCUGAGUCCAAUCCUCAGUUGGCAGGAUGAACUCUACGGAUGUUACAGAGGAGAACUAGUUUUCGAGUCCGAAGUCAAACUACGUCCUGGAGUAAAUAUUCGCCGGAAGCGAGAGGAGCGCCCCCUGGAUCACGGAUGCCUGUGUCACAGAACAACGGUUGCCCUGGCUGCGUUAGGUCAAUAUGUUCGGUACAUAUCGGAAUACAUCCAGCUGUUGGAAUCCAUGCCACAGUGAAACAACUUAAAUAUAUGGUUUCGACCGGGUCCCAUUGAACAUCAUUCCGUACUCCAUAAUUCGCGAAUGAACUUCAGAUGCUCAAAUGUUAUAAUUGUUGCAUGAUGAUAUUAAAAUUGAUACACUAGUGA